AAGUGAAAACAUUUUGCGGGAAGUUAGAAAAGUCCGAGCUUCGGAGUGUUUACUAAACAAACGUCACAGAAGCUGCUGUUGCUCACAAUGAGGAACAAAAAGGGCGGAGGAGCCAAGGUGCCGACAAAACCACCAGCUGAGACUCAUAAAGCUUCGUCUUUCGAUUAUGACUCUCCCAACCUGUCUGGUAUAGGCAAAGUGAGCUUCCUGGAGGGACUGCAGGGAAAUCAUGGUAACGUCCUGCACAGUACAGCGAUAGAGGAAGCGUUAAAUGCCUUCGAGGAGGGACAGACAGACAAAGAACAAGCAGGAAGGAAGGAUGAUCCUCAGGUGAAGGCGAAACAACGUGGAGCUGUGACGAAGAGGAAGAACACAGAAACUACUAAUGAGGAGGAGAAGAGGGGUAGCGGAGGUACUGGACAGAAGGCAGAGGCCAGACCUAACAGGGGACGGGGAAAAGGUCAGAAGAAGUUAGAACCUGAAGCAGAGAGAAACGAGGCAGAUGCCAACGCCGUUCCUCAAACAAGCAAACAACAAAAAGAUGGCGGACAUUUGGUUGGGAAGAAGCCAACUAAGAGGACGAGCCCUGGAAAGACAAAAGCAGCGAGGCCACUGAAGAAUCAGCAGAUGAAGGGCACGAAGAGGAAAAGUCAGUCAGACAAUGAGAAAUCUUGUGACCCUGAAUCACAGGAGUCAGACACUGAUGUUGAUCCGCAGAGACGUAAGGGAGUCCUGUCCUCUGAUGAGGAGGUGGUCGAUGAUACCUGCUGGAAACCAACUCCAAAGAAGGCCAAAGUGAAAAGUUUUAGCAGAAGAAGACAGUCUUCGUCUGAGUCCAAAUCCAGGAAGUCUUCAUCAGGCAGUGCAUCUGCAGGAGCAGAGAGACCCAAGAAACGUGGUGGUCAGCCAGGAACAGAGUUGGAGGUGGUGCUGGACGCAUUCCUUGAUUUCUGUGAACAAUACAAGGAGUCAGUGGAGUCUAAAGCAGUCAAAGAGUCAAUUCAUCUGUUUUCAUAUAAUGUGAAAGAGCAACUCCUGGAAAAGAUCUCUUUGUAUAAGGAACUCAGGGUUUUAAAGCGGGAAAACGCAAAGGUUGCUUCUUUGAUUCGCACAAAGACAAGCCGGCUGUUUGAUGCCAAACAUGAGUUUAUGAGAGCAGAGAGACAAUUGCUGCUGCUCCAGAAGGAGAGAUCUGAGCUGAAACAGAGGUUAACUGAUCUGAGACGGAGCAAUGCCUUCCUCCACGACCUCAGGGAGCUCAACCAGCGGUACCUAGACUACCGACACCAACACCCAGAAGAAAAGGAGAAGUACGGGGCAUCCAGUUUACCUGCUCUGCUGCUGGAGGCCAAACACAUUCAGAAGACUGAGCACGAGCUGAGAAGUAUCAAUGACCGAAUGGAAAAGAGACUGUUCAAGAAUAAUGGGACUUGUAAAUAAUGUGUUGUGGAAUAAAUAUACAUAUAUACA